UGUCGAAUGCUGAGAUUGUCAAACUGUCGUGCUAUUUAGAGAGACUAAGGAGAGGACUUUGCGAGGAAUUAGCGUUGGUCCGCGAGGUCUCUAUUUUCGUUGCAACGACGACGACGACGACGACGACAUUUGCUUAUUCUAGAAACAGUGAGAACGCAGGUCUGCGGCCUCGAUUUUUACACCUUUACAGAGCGGAAUGCGAAGCGAACAGUCGAGCCGAGGAAUGUUGAAUUCUAUUUUAGUUUUACGAGAACGGCCCGCAAAUGUGUGUGCGUCAUCGACGCUAUCAAUUCCGCGAGGUAUUAGAAGGAGAAGCCACGAGGCCGAGUGCGUAGUAAUUCAUUGUUUCUGCAAAAUCCGCUGUUUCCCCCCUUCGAUCUCUAUCUCCAUCACUAUUCAUCGCGAGGAUAAGAACCGAGAAUUAAAUCGAAAGCAUAGAAAUUUGCGGCCAAGACAAGAAAACACGAUGCCUUGCUGCUCGCGAAAGUCAAGUGCAACGUGGAACAAUCUCGCGGAAUGAUAGCUUUGUUCCGAAGCGCGUAAUAAUAUCGCGCUUAAGGAUCCAGCGGAGGCAGGGGGGCGCCGCGCAAUCUUCGUUAAUUAGAGAUUGGAUCGACGAAUCUCGCGGGUGAGGCGGCGCUGCGGCUCGCUGCAAAAUCGCCACUGCGCGACGCGACGCGACGCGACAGGCUGCAUGUGACCACGUCGGUUGUGCAACAUGUGUACACGCGCCGUAAUACGGACACAUAAUUGUUCGGCCGCGGUUGUGUAACGCGACUUCCAGCCGCGCCGGCAGUCGUCGGCGGAGCGUCGCUCCGACACGAAGCGCGUCGUAAAAACCGCGUAGAUUCGGCCGCCGCCGCCGCCGCUGCGCCGCCCGCGUUGCGCGACGCGCUCGCGACGUUAUCGAUACUCGAACGGCCGCGAUCGAGACGAUCGAACGGUCGACGGUGAAGCCGCGAAAUUCAAUCGGCGGCUGUCGGCCGCGCGAGCUCGCGCGCGAACAAUCGUUCUCGCUCACAACCGAACGGCACCUGCCGUGCAGCUCAAAUCAAAGCAAGUUGAACGUCGUUGAACCUCGAAUGCAGUGAACGUACACAGCAGAUCGCGAUAUCGAGUAUCGUUGCGUGUCGAUCUAUUUGGCAACUGUGCCGAGUAACGUCUCGGAUCUCGUACUUUCCGCUUUUCCUUCUUGUCGAUAUUGACCGAGGACUAGGAUCCCAAAAUCCGUCGUGUCCUCUUCAUUCAGAGAUGGCUUAUCCUCUGCAUCGGUCUUCGGGGAGACUCGAGGCAGCGAAGUGAGUCAAAAUCCAGAAGACCGUCGGACGCGGCGAAAUCCGCUGCGGGCGCGUAGAAUUGAAAACUCGUCGUCGUCGUCGCGCGUUCGCACGUCCCGCUCGCGAUCGUCCGCGAUUUCGCUCGACGAGCGCAAUCGCGAGUGCAGCACGUCAGCGUGAAUUCGCGCUCCCGUCGUCGCUGCGAGGUGGCGGCCGCUUUUUGCGCUCGUUACGCGAAACUGGCCGAUCGUCAUCGGCGGGCUCGUCUCGUGGCCGCGGCGCGCGCUAUCCAGUGCGCGACGUGACGUCGGGACGCGCGUGACACGCUUCGUGCAACGAGAGCGUGAAGUAAUGAGGAGAGAAGAGGCAGGAUAGAGAGGAGGCAACGAAAGGCAAGGAAACAAGAAAGAAAAACAGAGAAGAGAUAACGACGAUUCGAGCAAUUUCGAGCGAAAUUGGAGCGCGUUUCUGCGCCGCGCGCGCUCAUAAUUACGUAAUACCGGCCGCCGAGGAAGGUGCGACCGUUCGCGUCCGUCCGUUUGCAUUCGAUCGCGCCGUUGUCCACGUCGCGCGCCGUCCAUCCGCUGACCCGCGCUCGUCAUCGUCAUGGUCGUCAUGCUCGCCGUGCUCGAAUAACACGCGUCUCCGCGCGAGUAUGCGUGUACAAUCUUGGAGCGAGCGAGACCGCUUCGAAUUCCAUCGCUCGCUCGACGCCGUUGCGCGCUUCCACGUGAGUCGCGCCGUGCCGUGUACGCGUUCCUGUCGCGCGACGAGCCGGUGAGUGGCAAGGUGAAGCGGCCCAGGGGGAGAGGAUAAGAGCGAAGCGAGGUGAAGCGGAGUCUCGUCGGAUAACGUCGGCGAUCGACGACGAUUACGCGCGAGCGCAGGGCGAGACGCUUGGAAAUGGUGCUCGCGGACUUCGUCGUCGGGGGAUUCUGCCGAGGUCUCGAGUGGCCUUUCGCCUUUCGAGUUUGAGGAAACUCGCGGAUCUCUGCUAUAACCGUUGGACGUGUGUCGCGACGCCGCCGAUGUUGCGAUGUUGCGCGAUAAGUGAAAUUCGCUAGAACGCGAAGAAUCGCAGUGUUUUCUUGUUCUGUGUCGCAGGCGAAAUUUCCAGGCGUCGUCGGUGUAUCCUUGCGAUAAGCGACACUCGCUUGGGAGCCAGGAUCAUUGCGACUAAGCCGUGCGAUCAGCGAAACUCGCGGGGUCACCCGUGGAUGAAGCGAGUUCGUGUGGUGUGUCAUGGCGCUUUGUAGCUGAAGAGAAGCGAAAGACAGAUUAUAUAAAUAAUAAUCGUUCAUCGUAGUUGACGCACGUGUGCACGAUAAGGAAAAGCGUUCGCGCGCGCGCGCGCGCGCGCGCGACGACGCGCCUCGCCAUCGACGGCUCGCGAGUGCACGCAUUGCUCGUAAAGCCACAUCGUAAAGUAAAAUGCCAUGGAGCCGCUUGGAGUGGUUAGCGAGCUGUUACGCGUCGUACGAGAGGAAACUCCGCCGUGAGGCAGAAGAAAUCUCGCACGUAUCCCGGAUUCCUCGAUAACGAGACGCGAUCUCGCGACGACGUGCGCGCGCUCGCUCGCGUCGUGCCCGAGGACGUAGAGCAGCUUUCAAUUAGGACCGUCGACGUUCUUCUUCCUGCACGAACGACCGAGGCUGACGAGAAGAAGGCUGAAAAAGGGACGAGAAAGGCCGAUGCGAUAUCGCGCGCGCGAGCCCUUUUCCGCUCAAGCAGACGGGAAAAUGAACGCCGAGCGACGAACAAGCGGCGACGUUCUUCUUCCCGCUCUCGAUAACAGCUGCGCGCGUUUCGCGAGACACGUUUCGCUUCACCGUUGCUCGCCGCGAUCCGAUCGCGGCCUAGUGGCGUUUCUCGCAACGGGAUCUUGAUAGGAUCGAGCAAGAAGAGAAAGAAACGAAACGAAACGAAACGAAACGAAGGGAACCGACUCCGCGCGGAGGAGUCUCGCUCUCUCGAUCUAUAUAUAACGUCGCGGAACGGAGAUGAACGAGGUGAGGCACGUUCUGACGGCUCUGAGGUCUCCCACGAAGAGCUCGACCUUGAACAACAGCGUGGGCGUCGCGACGGCGACGUGGUACGACGUCCCGGCGCCGACCAUCGUCCACUGUCGCGAGUUCCGCGAGGACGCGGAAUUCGGCGCGAAAGAACGCGAGAAAGGGGGCGAGGGGCGGCGGGCGAAGGGGUCGGCGGUCGUUCUCACUUUCGCCGAGAAGGACACGAGCGUGACAUUCAUCGACGAGGACAUGGAAGCUGGCUGCUGCGAGAACGACGGCAACGCCAGGUCCUCGGAGAAGAACACGAAGAUCGGAGGGUCCUGGUCUCCGAGCCACGGCGAGGCAUUGUACCAGAACAAUGUCGAGGCGGCGUUGAACAGCCUGAGCAAGGUCUGCGCGGAGUCGUCAGGACUCGAGACGAGUCCAGAGAGCUGUCGCGCGAACGACAACGACCGUAACAGCCGGAAGAGACACAGCUCCACGGUGGAGCUGAACGCCACCACGACGGUGAAGACUGACAGUGACGGGGUGCCGACGAUAAGCUUCAGUUUCCUGCGCGCGGACGAGAAGUUCCAGCUGGACGAUGAAGAGGAGGUCGUCGUUCUGGAGGUCGAUACCAGCGACCAGACCGACUGCUCGGCUCAUCAACUGUACGACCUCCCCAAGAACGCUGCCCAAGGCGACAGUCGAGUCUCCUCGGAGCGGCAAAGAAACGACAAGGAGGAGGCGGACGUCGAUUCCUCCUCGUCGUCGACGGCACGUCAGGAUCUUUACGACGUGCCGAAGCCGGCGAAGCAAGACGUCUCGCGGGAUGAGGAGGAGACGCUCGACUGUAAUCUUCAGCGGAAGGGCCGCGAGGAGAGUGGCCGAGGGACGUUCGAUCUAGCCAAGAGAAGCCAAGGCGAUCAGACGAAACGGUCGACCAGGUCGCUCAAGUCUGGCAGAAGGAGUUACGGCGCGUCCGACAGCGACGGCUACGACGCCGGCAUAGCGUCCAUGUCCGGCUCCUACUCUGACCCGGAGUGCCAGAACGAGGCGGCGUUGUCGGUGAGCGGCGGCUCGGAGCGCAGCAAGCGGCUCAAACUGCAGAAGAGGCGGCUCGGCAAGGCCUGGGGCAGGAUGCGCAACUGGUUGCGAGAGGAAAGGACCAAGCUCGGCGAGGUGGUGAACAGGCACGCCAAGUUGCAGGCAGUCGGCGCGCUCACUGCCGAGACGCAGAGCGAGACCGUUCCCGGGGUGUCGACGAAGAGCAAGCAGCGCGGCUUCUACGAUCUGACGCGGGCUCGCACGCAGGAGUCCGGCUCCAUCACCAGGGUGGAGGAAUUUGGUCUGUCAUCGGUCUCAGAAGAGGCGAACGUCUCCGACGUGGAGAGACCGGCGUCGGCGUCGCCCGAUUCUGGCAAAGCGUCGGCGAACGGUGCCGGCGCGGCGUCGGAGCGUCAUCGACAGUUACGCGGCAACCUGAGGCAGAAGACGGCCAGCUCGGACGACCUCUUGGACGGCAGGACGAGGCUGCAGCCGCAGCCGGUGUCCUUCAGCAUGGACAAGCUCUGCUCGGACGCGGAGAACGACGGGGCUACGGCGACGAUGACAGCGGCCGAUGCUGAAGCGGCGAGGGAUCACGGUGGGAAAGGUGGCCUGAUUAAGAGGAGAAUGCUGGGGUCAAUCAGAGGGUUAAUGGCCUCGACUCAUCUACUGCAGACCUACGAGAUCGAGGAGGGAGGACAAGGCGGCUUCGAGGACGUGCGAAGAUAUGUCAAACAAGGAGGCGACUUUUGCAAAGAACUGGCGUCGAUUCUUCAUGAAAGAGCCGAGUUGGAAGCGACUUACGCCAAAGGACUCAGCAAACUCAGCAGCAAGCUGACCAAGGCAUGCGCCAAGGAUCAAGGUGGCAAUAGUAGCGGAGGUGUGAACGAGGCAUGGAGGUGUGUCGGCGAGGAGAUGGAGGCUGCCGCGGAAGCCCACAGGGUAUGGGGCAUCGCGCUGAGCGAGCAACUCGCCAAACCGCUCCGAGUGGGCGUAGCGGAGGCGCAGGGCCGAUCAAGAAAGUCCAUCGAGAACUCGGUGGACAAAGCGUCCAAGGCGCUUCAGGAAUGGCGCGGGAUCGCAUCCAAGAGCAAGAAGCACAGCUUCGCGUGCGCCCGCGAGAACGAGAGGCUGCAGGACCUGGCACGGCUGCAGACCAUCAGUCAGAGUCAGCAGAACAACAACACCAAGUCGUCGAGUCAUCACAUGACGGAAAAGGAGGCGAGCAAGCUGGAGACCAGACGGAGGAAGGCUGAGGACUCGUCGCGUAGGGCCGACACGGAGUUUUACACGGUGAGCGUGAGAGCAGAAAGGGCCAGACUGGAAUACGAAAGCACCGUCAGGAAGGGUGCUAAGCAAAUGGAGCUGCUCGAGGAGGAGCGGCUGAGCGCCUUGAAGGACCUGGCCAAUGUAUACCUGGCACAUCUGCAAGCACUCGCGCCGCGACUGCAGCAGAGCGCCGAUCGCUUGCAGACACCUGUGCGCAGCUGCAACGUAUCGCAAGACGUUGAGAUCCUAAAAAAUCUCAUACGCCGGAUAGACAGUAAUGACACGACGAAUGCGGAACAGUUGCUGCCCGAUUUCUACGCUGAGCAUGUCACGUUAGCGAUGAACCGUGAACGGCGAAAGCAAGCUUUGGUGAGGGUAUUGCAUCUGAUCAGACAAGACCUAGAAAGGGAGAAGCGGGGCCGUGAAGGACUGGAAACGUUGCAUCGAGCUUUCAUCAAGACACCAGCGUUCGCUGCUGAUGAGAGCACGCAGAAUGUGACGGACAAGCUGCAUCACAUGCGCUCGAUGCUAUUGUACUUGGAAGCGGCCAGAUACAAAGUCAGCGGUACGCUUGCGGAAGUGGAGGGUAGCAAACGAGGCAAACAUCCGUUAUCGGAGCACAUCUUGGUCUCGAGAGACAAGCAGGGCCUACAGCAAAGUGUUCUUAAGAUUCCUUCUUGGGCAAAGAAUGAAUCCUUUGAGAUUCAGGACGGCGACGAUGAGCUGGAGAUGCAAUUAACGAAGGAUCAGGAUGCCGAGAACCGCGACUGGGCCGAUCGGACGGCCGGCGACGGCAACUCCGAGAAUCCUCCGGACGAGGACGACUUUAGCGAUUUCGACGAAUUUAGCAGUCACUCAGAGGACAACAACAACCAAGACGUUGACGGUACGGAAGUGACGGCAAAGACCGAGCGUGCAGAGCAAUGUCGCGCGAUCUAUCAGUACUCGGCGAAUCUGAACGACGAGCUGAGUCUCAGUCCGGGCGAUUUGAUAACCGUGCAUCAGAAACAGGCGGACGGCUGGUGGAUAGGCGAGUGCAGAGGUCGCACCGGCAUAUUUCCCGCUACUUACGUCCAAGUCAUUCAUUGA